UAGAGCAAUAAACAAAUAGUUUAUAAAAGCAUGAUUGUAUUUAUACGCAGCUGUACUGAGUACGAUAUUUUAUGAUAAAACUUGGGCAUCCUAUUCUCGUUGCCAUAUGAGUUUUUUAUAAGGAGUUUUCUUUUUGGUGUAUUUUUUUAAUAAAGAGUUUCGAUAGUUUAUUAUUCAAUUCAUAUGUAGGUUUGUUUAACAAUGUUUAAUUAUAAUUUUUAGCACGCUGUAUUAUUCUUUUCUAGUAUGUGUGAAAGCUGUAUGAUCAUGUUUUCCAAAUCGCUUAUAUAACUAAACUUUCAGUCGUCGUGCUUUCAUACUCACAUGGUUUAUUUCAUCUCUUGUUUUCUUUCCCUAAUCCUGAAUAAGAUAGAAAUGGUUUUGCCUUCUUCUCUAAAGACAUGCCUUCUUUUGCUUUUCAUCUGUCUUCUCAAUGUUUCCACCAUUUCAUCGAAGCCAUUAACUAACGAAACUGUGCUUUUUGGCGGGAAAUUUCCAGCAUUGUAUGUUAUAGGAGAUUCAUUGGUUGAUUCAGGGAACAAUAAUCAUCUUGACACGAUGGCCAAAUCAAAUUUUCCACCUUACGGUUCUGACUUUGAAGGAGGCAAACCCACUGGUCGUUUUGGCAAUGGCAAAACAAUUGCUGAUUACAUUGCUAUUUAUUAUGAGCUUCCUUUGGUUCCUGCUUAUAUGGGAUUAUCAGAAGAACAAAAGAACAAUAUCUCAACUGGUAUUAAUUAUGCUUCUGCUACCUGUGGGAUUUUUCCUGACACAGGAAAGACAGUGGGAGAAUGUCUCUCGUUGAGUGUCCAAGUCGAUCUGUUCAAAGAAACCAUUGACAAGAAUCUGAAGAAAAUGUUUAAGACGCAGCCAGAGCUCAGCAAACACCUGGCUGAAUCGUUGUUCAUGACUGCGAUCGGAGUUAACGACUACUCUUUCUUCUAUAAUAAGACAAUGGAUGCAAAUGAUUUCGCAAACAAGCUUCUUCAUGAGUUCUUUAUACAAAUUCAGAGAUUGCAUGGUUUAGGAGCAAGGAAGUUCUUCAUUAACAACCUUAAACCAUUAGGAUGUUACCCAAACAUAAUAGCUCAUACGGUGCCACGUGGAAGUUGUGACGAUGAUUUAAACCUAGCGGUUUCCAUUUACAACGCCAAGCUAAGAAGAAGCCUAACUCAAUUGAAGCAGAAAUUCUCAAACACUUCCUUCUUGCACUCAGAUUACUUCAACUUCAUGUUGGGACUUAGAGGACCUUCGAGAAAUCAUGCUAGUUCAAAUCUACUGAACACGACAAGCCCAUGUUGCCCUAGCGUUUAUGAUGGAGGUGCAUUGACGUUUUGCAGCGCCAAUUCGAGCUCGUGUACGAUGCCAGAUAAACAUAUUUUCUUUGAUCCAUUUCAUCCGACUCAGUUGGCGAAUUUCAUGUACGCGAUUGGGUGUUUCCAGGAGAGAAAAAUUUGCCAUGUGGUGAGAGCUUAAAUUAACUAAAUUUACUCAACGACAAUCUUAUGAAGAAACACAAGUUUACUUGUUGUUUAUUUUGGUCUCACCAAGAUCAACGUUUCUAAUGUACCAAAACCUUAUUAUGUCAGGCA